GGAGAAGGUGUAAUUCAGGAGAAACACAUUCUACACUGUCACAAAUACAUUUGCCCACACAUUGCUCAUUACAUUUUUUUAAAUUUGAACCAUUAUUUAACUAGGCAGGUCGGUCAAGAACAAAUUCUUAUUUAUGAUGGCCAAACCCGGACGACGCUUGGCCAAUUGUGCACGGCCCUAAGGGACUCCCAAUCACGGCCGGUUGUGAUACAGCCUGGAAUUGAACCAGGGUGUCUGUAGUGACGCCCGAAGCACUGAGGUGCAGUGCCUUAGAUCGCUGCGCCACUCAGGAGCCCAUCUUGGCCUAAAGAUCCCUGUUCGAAGAGAUGCAUGCCUUGAUGUCAUUUUUGCCAUUUUAUGUCCACUUGUCAGUCUUCAAAUGAUCUGGUGCUUGUUUACUAGUGUACAUUACUUUACAGUGUUAUAUUAGAAGUACUGCAAAAUAGGUUUUGCUUGCUCGCUCGCCUUCAUGUGCUUCCUUUAUGUGCUUUAUGUGUUAACAUAUGACACGAGUCAUCUCUGAGACUCAUAGAAAGCAUAUUUGGUAUCGUUCUCAAAGUGAUGAGUGGUAUAGUUUUGAUGUGUUUCUCAGAAUGGCAGCAUCUUCAAACAUUUGGCCUUCUGUUAGGGUAAUGCCUUGAUAGCACGACAAGCCAAUCAAUGCGGGGCAAGCCAGUUACGGCACGCCUCUAGCAGAGCUUGGCCAGUCAAGAGUGUCGGAUUCGUGAGUGGGGGCCCUACCCCCACUGAACACAGCCCUGCCAAGCUGUGGCUGAGCGAAGUGAAUGACGUCUCUGCAUUUGCAGCCGCCGACGCAGUGUUUGGUUUCCAUUUUCACAGCCGAGUUUCUGGGGUGACUAACAACAUGGAGCCGGAGAUUGAGGACAAAACGUUGGAAUUAAUGUGCUCUGUGCCUCGCUCUCUCUGGCUGGGCUGCUCCUCGGUGGCAGAGAGUUUGUGUGCACUCAGGUGCCUGCAGAGCAUCCCCUCCACCCGGGCACACAACCAGAACACAUCAGUCAUGGAGUCUCAGAACCACAUAGACGACCUCUCGCCAAAGAAGACCACAGUUCUCACCAAGCUUAGUAACGGUCCUGUGAUGACGGGCUCUCGUAAGCGCCCGUCGGAGGGGAACAACGACAAGGAGAAGGAGCACUGCAUCGCCCUCUUUGACCAGUGGUCCGAGACUGACCAAGUGGAGUUUGUAGAACACCUCAUCUCCCGAAUGUGCCACUACCAACACGGCCACAUCAACUCCUACCUCAAACCCAUGCUCCAACGAGACUUCAUCACAGCACUGCCAGCCCAGGGUCUGGACCACAUAGCAGAGAACAUCCUGUCGUUCCUGGACGCGCAGUCUCUGUGCUCGGCGGAGCUGGUGUGUAAGGAGUGGCAGAGGGUGAUCUCGGAGGGCAUGCUCUGGAAGAAACUCAUAGAACGCAUGGUCCGCACAGACCCCCUCUGGAAAGGCCUGUCGGAGAGGCACCAGUGGGAGAAGUAUCUGUUCAAGAACCGAACGACAGAGGUCCCGCCCAACUCCUACUACCACUCCCUGUACCCCAAGAUCAUCCAGGACAUAGAGACUAUCGAGGCUAACUGGCGGUGUGGCAGACACAACCUGCAGAGGAUCCAGUGUCGGUCAGAGAACAGUAAAGGAGUCUACUGCCUCCAGUACGACGACGAUAAGAUCAUCAGCGGCCUGAGAGACAACUCCAUAAAGAUCUGGGACAAGCAGUCUCUGGAGUGUCUGAAGAUCCUGACAGGUCAUACAGGGUCAGUGUUGUGUCUGCAGUAUGAUGAGAGGGUUAUAGUCACUGGUUCCUCCGACUCCACUGUCAGGGUGUGGGACGUGACGUCGGGCGAGGUAUUGAAUACCCUGAUCCAUCACAACGAAGCGGUGCUCCACCUGCGCUUCUGCAACGGUCUGAUGGUGACGUGUUCCAAGGACCGCUCCAUCGCCGUGUGGGACAUGGCCUCGCCCACCGACAUCAGCCUCCGGCGGGUCCUCGUGGGUCACCGCGCCGCCGUCAACGUGGUCGAUUUUGACGACAAAUACAUUGUGUCGGCGUCAGGGGACCGCACCAUCAAGGUGUGGAGCACCAGUACGUGUGAGUUUGUGCGCACGCUAAAUGGACACAAGCGAGGCAUCGCCUGCCUGCAGUACAGAGACAGACUGGUGGUCAGCGGCUCCUCAGACAACACCAUACGGUUAUGGGAUAUUGAGUGUGGAGCGUGUUUGCGAGUGUUGGAAGGUCAUGAGGAACUGGUCCGCUGCAUUCGCUUUGACAACAAGAGGAUUGUCAGUGGUGCCUAUGACGGUAAGAUCAAGGUGUGGGACCUGCAAGCUGCCCUGGACCCACGAGCCCCAGCCAGCACCUUGUGUCUGCGCACACUGGUGGAGCACUCGGGGCGCGUGUUUCGGCUGCAGUUUGACGAGUUCCAGAUCAUCAGCAGUUCCCAUGACGACACCAUCCUCAUCUGGGACUUCCUGAACGUGUCGACCAAUGGACAGUCAGAGGGCCGGUCCCCCUCACGCACCUACACCUAUAUCUCCAGAUAGCAGGUGGCGCCAUCCACUGCAGCGAGUCUUGGAGGAGCUGAGAUCUGAUUGGCUGAUGGAGGGUGUGUUGCAGAGAGGAGCUCAACUCGUCUUCUUCCUCAUCCUUCUGUCCAUACACCCAUUCUGACAUGGACUUAAGUCUCCCACCACACCCCUGAAACACACACACACACUGCAACUUUUCCUGCAGUUGAACACACACCCACACAUUCAUAUUAUAUCACUAUCUUAUGUUCUCCAGUCUACACUAACCCACCACAGUAAAAAAUGUUUUACAUAUCUUACACCAAACAUGACCUAAUCACUUACCUUAAGAAGUCCUACCAUAAGCUCUAGUUCUUCAGUUCUCACCCCCAACCCUACCUAGACACACGUGCCCGUAUGGAUGGAGAAUGACCUUGGUGCUGCGGUGUGGGAGAGAGAGACUUUUAUCUCGGCUCUGAGUGAGGAAGGAUGAGGGAUGAACACUUGUUCGGAACGCGGAACACACGUGCGCGUGUGUGUGUGUGUGUGUGUGUGUGUGUGUGUGUGUGUGUGUGUGUGUGUGUGUGUGUGUGUGAGUGAACCUGUGAAAUGCGGCAUAGACUAAUAGAAAGACUGGCUGUAUUGCUCCGUCACCAUGGAAAUGGAUGUGCAUGUUGAGGUUGCCGGGAUACGUCGUCCCGUGCGACACCUAUGCUCUUUCCUUUUACGGCUGUUUUACUUUCUGAAUGUUUUUUAUUCUUUUGUUUUUAUAUUUUAUUUGACAAAUGAUUUUGUUCUUAGUAAAAUUAUACUAAGCAUUGUAGUUCUCUUUCUGUCUCUUAUUCUCAUUGUCUUUCUCAUUCACUCUUCUCAGUCGUUUCCGCUCACCAUCUUUCUGUCCAUCCAUGCUCGCUUUAGUUAUGAGAGAAGCUGGAACUCUGAAUGCAAUUUAGCUGUUAACUGAGUCCUCUUGUCAAAAUUGUUCUAUAUUAAAAUGAUUUUUUUAAAGAAAAUGAUAUUGUGAAUAAAGUACUUGACAGUGAUUGGGUAUUGAGCCAACUAACGUGAA